AUGAGAGACAAACGUGGGAAAAAAACUUCAAUCAGACAGGAAAUUAAUUAUCCGACGCGACCGAGAACAGGACCGAGAGGGAAGAGAGAGCGCACAGGAAAGAAUGAGCCGUCGAAGAAGCACCCCCUGCCGUGCCGGACAUGUGCUGCUACUGCCACCCAGUUUUCGCCACCACUCGAGCUAGACGUCCCUGUUGCCAGAGCCCAGCCGCCCCAGCUCCCCGGUUGCUUUCGCCACGCCCACGCACCUCUUUUGCUUGAUAUUGAUAUAGCUGAUGUCGGCUCCGUCCCGGAUGUCGUCUACGCCCUCGCUCUCUGCCGUGGCGACACCAACGCCUCCGCCUGCGAGAGCUGCGUCGCGACCGCCUUCCGGGGCGCACAGCAGAGAUGCCCGCUCUUCAAGGACGUCACGAUCUUCUACGACCUCUGCCAGCUCCGCUUCUCCAACCGGAAUUUCUUCCUGGAUGUUGACUAUUUCGUCAACACGUACUACCUCCAGGGCUCCCAGGUCACGAGCACGCCGGUGGAGGCGUUCGACGCCGCCGUCCGCCUGCUCGUCAAUGCCACCGCCGACUACACAGCGGAGAAGUCGUCCAGGAAAUUCGGCACGGGAGAGGAAGGCCUCGAUAAGAGCAACCCCAAGAUUUACGCGUUGUCGCAGUGCACGCCGGACAAGACGGGGGACAUCUGCCGGACCUGUCUCAGCACCAUUAUUGGGCAGCUGCCCAACUAUUUCAACGGGACGAAUGGUGGGGGAGUUUUCGGGGUGUGGUGCAGCUUCCGGUGUAUCCUUUCUUCUCCGGCCGCCCACCGCUGCAGCUUCCGGCGUUCGUGGCGACGCCGCCUGCGGCACCGGCGACCAGAAUACAAACAAAUCGAGAAAUAAGACAGGUAUAGUCCUAGCAGUUGUGAUGCCUACAACCUGUGCACUACUGGCCAUAACCGUGAUAUGCUUUUGGAGGAGGAGAAGAUCAGCAGCACAAUCUUUUCCACCUUACUCAACUAGCUCAGAUGAUAUUCAAGGAGCUGAUAUGCUUCUUCUCGAUUUAUCGACACUGCAAACUGCUACAGAAGAUUUUGCCGAAAGCAAAAUGCUUGGUAAAGGAGGGUUUGGAAUGGUUUAUAAGGGAAUCCUACCUGAACGCUGAAGGUUAAGAAAUAGUGGUGAAAAGGCUUUGUCAGAGUUCUAGGCAAGGAAUAGGAGAGCUGAAAAGUGAGCUAGUUCUGGUUGGUAAGCUUCACCACAAGAACCUUGUGAGGCUUAUUGGUGUUUGCUUGCAAGAACAUGAGAAAAUACUUGUGUAUGAAUAU